AAAUUUGAUGCAAGAUUGGAUCGAAAAUGUGUGGAUGAAAAGAAAUGUAGAUAUUGAACAAAACUCAAGCACAAUUAUAGAACAAAAAAGAAGUCUUUUAACUUUAGAUGUAUUUAAAGGACAUCUAACAGAUAAAGUUAAAGCAAAAUUUAAUGACAAAGAUUUAUAUUAUGAUAAUGGAGGUAACAAUAAUGAUGAACCUGUUAAUGAGUUUCUUGAUCUCAGAAUUUCUAAUAAAUCAUUCAUGUCGAUAAAUGCUACUCUCACUGCUACUGUUGAAGACCAAUCCAAUAAAAUAGCCAGUUUUACUUUAUUUGAAUUGAUCGUUGCUUCGAAACAGCAGCAACUUGAUCAUAUUAUUAAGAUUGAAGAAUUACUGCAUGUUAUAUCUAAUAAAAUUUCUGAACAAGAAACAGAUAUUAAAUCGCUUAAAUCUCAGAUAGGAGAAGCUUCAUAA